UUAGUGAGGUUGGAUACAGAACAAGGAGAAGAGUUAAACAAGGGAGGGGUGAAGAAUGUGAAUGCUUCAGCUUGCUGAGUAUGGAAUACCUCAGGCGUGGUUUUAAAUUGUUUCCUUAUGCACUCUGACGGUCUUUGGAUUUCAGAAAAAGCAGAAAAAAAGCAGCCAAAAGUGUGUAGUGUAGCGUUGUGACCGCCUAAAGCUAAGCCAAAUCAAGUUCAAGGUGACGAAAGGAACAUUCUCAAACAUGGCCACGCUCAGCAGUCAUAAUGAGGACAACUUGAAGGACAGUCAACACAACACAGACGUAAAGGAGGAACCGAGGGAUCGUACCGCCGAGAUGUCUGACAUGCUGCUCCCACAAGAUGUGUUGUGUGACUCCUGCAUGGACAGCCCCAGCAAGGCCCUAAAAUCAUGCCUGACGUGUCUGGUUUCCUACUGCGAGGCCCAUCUCAGACCCCAUCUGGAGAAUGCCAAAUUUCAAAACCACCGUCUGGUAGAUCCCCUCUACGACAUCGACUGUCGGACUUGUGAGGCUCAUCAACUUCCUCUCGAACGCUUCUGUCUGACGGACGGCUGCUGUUUGUGUCUGGACUGUGAGAGCCAGGAACACGAAGGGCACACGACUGCAUCUGUGGCGGAGGCACGGACACAGAUUGAGACUGAGCUGCAGAAGAAACAAGAAGAGAUCAGUCAGAGUGCCUCAGCAGCGGAGAAAGCAAUUGGAAAGCUACAGAGCAACAAUGACUUAAUCAAGUCUUCAGUGCAGGAGGUUUGUGUUCUUGUUGAACAGCAGUUCGCCAGGCUGCAGACAACCGUAGAGGAGGCCAGGAAAGGGGCGGUGGAGGUGCUGGAGGGAGAGCAGACACAGGCCCUGAGACAGGCAGAGGGCAUCCAGACACAUCUGGAGCAGAGGAGAACAGCAAUGAGGAAAACUUUAGCUCAAAUGAACAAACUGUCCAGGAGCAAGUCCGACAUCGACUUUCUACAGGAGUACUCAGAGUGGAAGAAAGGAGUGGCAAGUGUAAGUCUGCCUAGUCCUCACAUCAACCGCAUGAACCAUCUAACCUCUUAUGUCCAAGUUGUGACUGGUGCUACGCAGGAGCUGUGUGACCUGAUCCUCUCGUCAUACAAGGAAAAACUGACAUGUAAAAGUGGUACUAAAUCCCAGAUGCCAGAAUCUCAACCUUCAUCCCUGCCUGAUCCUGAGACGCGAGAGGACUUUUUGAAAUACACGAGGAGUUUGACCUUUGACGCAGACACAACCCAUCAUUUCCUACGUGUAACGGAGCACGACAGAAAGCUGACCAACACCAGCCCCUGGCAGCACAGCUACCCAGACCACAUCGGACGCUUCAAAUAUUGGCGACAAGCAAUGACUUCAGACAGCCUUUACCUGGGGAGGCAUUACAUUGAAGCAGAGCUGAGUGGGGAGGGUGCACAUGUCGGGGUCACGUACAAGAGCAUCGAUCGUAAGGGAGAGCAAAGCACCAGCUGCAUCACGGGGAACGACUUUUCCUGGUGCAUGGGAAGGAACAGCCGAGGGUUCUUUUCCUGGCACGCUGGUGUGGAGACGCCCUUGGAUGUUACUGAUAUCACAACAAUUGGCUUAUAUGUCGACUUUCACAGAGGCUCUGUGUCUUUCUAUGAUGUAACCAGUCCUAUGAGGCUGCUCCACAAGUACACAGCUGAUUUCAUUGAGCCCUUAUAUGUUACAGCCUGGCUGUCAAAGAAAGACAAUGUCAUUUCUCUGGUUUAUGCUAAAUGAGGCAACAAAUGUUCAUCUGCCUUCACUGUAAGCUUGUAAAAGAAAACAUAGUGCCUUAUAAAUGUUUAUUAAGGUUACAUAAAAAGGUGUAUACAUUUAUGAUACAAAUGGAGGAUUUUUUCACAUACAUGUCAUUGAAGGAUAAAUUUACUACCAUCUAGUGGUAACUAUGCAACAUGAACGUAAGAAACCUGUGCAGCAGUUAGGAAUGUUACUGCAGCUUUAUUGCUCUUGAAUGUGAUAUGGAUGAGGGAAAUAAAGGACACAAAUGCCUGCCAACAAUUAUUUUAUUUGUCUUACAGAUUAAUUUGCUGAAUCAUUAUAAAGCUAUAAGAAGAUUUAUUGUUCAUGAAGGGUCUGUAAAAUCAUCAAGUUAAUCAAAAGCACUUUGGAAAUCAUUAAUAUCUUUAAGGUUCACUGUAGUCAACUUCAGGCACUUAAAUCAGUUUCAUUCUCAUCAUAAACUGGAUUACUAAAGUGUACACCUGUCUGAGUCAUGGAGAUUG